AUGGCAAACGUUGACAUUUUCCUGGGCCUUGCGGAUACGGAGGUAAACAAGGCGGUGUCGUGGCUGGAAGACGCGCCACGCCGGCGCAUGCUGCUUUCGAUAGCCAAUGGCCGCAUUUUCCUAAUGGCCACCGUUCCCUUGGACUGGCCCCCGCUGAUCUUCUUCGUGCACAUGUAUGGUUGGAAGAGGAAGCGGGCCAUGGAUGGAACAUCGGCCAAUGGCUUUGGCUUUGGGUGUCACAAUCCGACCGUCCCCAGCCACCACCGGUGUGAUACGGACCACCUAGACUUUGCCUUUUCCUGCCCUGGGAGUGCUUCGACCCCGCGAGCCAUUGGUCCCACUGGCUCUUGGAACCUGUCCGCCAGGUCUUGGCCUUUGCCACUCCCGCCGCCGCCGAGACGGCUUGUCUUUGGAGCUAUUCUCAGUGCGUCCGUGACUCGGCCAGUUUUUCGAUUUUUACACCCCAGACGGUCAGUGCGUAGCAUUGGAUCUUUUGCUUGCCUACUUUUGUUCUGUCUAACUUACAGAGCCUGCCCCACCUGCCGCGCCUACGGUUGUCACUUGCAUUUGUGCCGUUUCUCCAGCCUUUGGGCUCCAAGACUGUUUGUGGCGUCUCCCACGCCAACGGGACAGUGCACCUUUUCUCUGAACUUUGCCAUUAUGUCGUCCCAGGACGAGCCCAUGUCAGACGCGCGCUUCUAUCAGAUCCGCGAUGCCGCGGAUGGACCGCUUUGGGCUGCUUUGACUAAGGAUCGAUCCUUUGCGUCCGCCAGGCAAAUACUUUCGCACAAUUGGAAGGCGCGAUGGAGUACCAUCCGCCUCGAGAACGACUUAGUCAAGACUCUUUUGGACGCUUUGGCACAACAUCCUCAAGAGCGGGCUCUCUUUGUCCACAACUUGGCCGAAAUGUCCCCAGAGCCUGAGUCAGAGGAGCUUCCUCUCGCUGAAGCACCAAGCAACUCGCGAGGGCAGUCGGCCGACUUUGGUGCCUGCGCGGAGAAAUACUGGCAGCAGCGUAGGUCUUGGCUACUUUCGGCCACCAAAGCUCCGAGAUAUCGCCCUCCUUUUUCGCUUCUGCAGGCUGGCUUCCCUGUUCUGCCGGUUCAGAGCUUCUUACAGGACCUGCCAGUUCGGGAGGGCCAGCGCGCGUUUGGCGAGAAGGGAGCCUUAGUGCACUCUUUGCAUUUGAACAUGGAACACUUUACAUGUCCUUUACUAUACAUCACUUUGAAGGGGCUUCAGCAGCUGGCUUUUUCUUGCCCGCGGGCCGGGCACAUGGACCGCUCUGACGAGGUGGCCUUUCUGCGGGAGGAGGUCUCUCGUCUCAGGCAUCAGGUAGCCAUCCUGCAAGGGGACCUGUCGGGCGCUCAUCUGACUACAGAAGGGCUUCUCACGCGUGUCCUCGCUCUGGAGCAGUCGUCCAGUGGGCACACAGUCCGAUUGUCUGACAUGGAGGCCGACCUCGAGCUCUGCAACACUCGUUUGGCGGAGGUUCAGGCCUCUCUGUGUGCAGUCAUCCAAGGCAUUGGAUCUGUACUUUGCUCCGUGCUCCGACAGUUGGGCAAUCGUGAGAAAGCGAGCGAGGUGAGAGAGCGCAGCGCUAGCUACUGCCUGAACGGGCAGUAUAUUCACUACGUGUGCCGAUCGCAGAAAUGCAUCAGCUUGUCUUCCAUGGAAAGUGAAUACUACAGUGCCGUUGGCAGCUCCUGUCAGGGACUCUUCAUGAAGGCGGUGGUCGAGUUCAUGAGCCGCAGCCCUUGCGAUCUUAUCGUCAAUGUUGACAACCAGUCCUGCAAAGCGUUCUGUUUGCGUCAGGGUGUUACCAAGGCUAGCAAGCAUUUUGAAGGUCGAUUGCUCUGGCUGCAAGAUGCAGUGCAGCAGAAGCGCUUGAUCAUGAAGUAUGUUUCCACGCAUGCAAACCUUGGUGACAUUCACACAAAGCCCCUUUCCCCAGCUCGGCUUCAGAGUUUGCUGUUCCUACAUGACUUUGUGGACAUGCAUGACAGGCCAGUUGGAUCCGAAGAGUGGGAUCGAACAGACGAAUCUCAGGCGGGGUGA